CCCUUAGCAGUCCCCGGCUCCCCUAACCUCAGCAGGGGGCGUGCGCUAAUGCCUCCUCCACGCCGGGCCCAACCUCCAAAACAGGCUGACGAACGAGCCGGCGCCAGCCAAUCACAGCUACGAUCGCGGCGCUCUGUUUAAUUGUGGUUCACGCUGGGGGCCAGACGGAGUGAUUAUCCAGAUAACCAAUAGGAGUGCGAAGCAGCGAGGCAGUGGGUGGGACCUGCCUUCCCUAGCUGUCAAGCGCGGCGAGCGAGAGGCAUCCCCGUCGGCUCCAUUCAUCGGUCUAAAGCGGCCUUGCCAUGACGGCUCACAGCUUUGCGCUGCCGAUGGUCCUCUUUUCCGUCUUCUGGGGGCUCGUGGGAUUCGCGGGGCCAUGGCUGGUGCCGAAGGGGCCCAAUCGCGGAGUGAUUAUCACUAUGCUGGUGACCACUGCCAUUUGCUGCUAUCUUUUCUGGCUUAUAGCCAUCUUGUCUCAAGCCAAUCCCCUGUUUGGACCACAGCUGAAGAAUGAAACCAUCUGGUAUGUGCAAUUCCUGUGGGAGUGACCUGGGCCCACUACAGACGACUCAACAGGCUUUCUUUUGAUGCUAAAUGCAGCUCUUGCCCUUGCCCCUAACAGUACAAACUCAAUGGGUCUUUUAUUUACAGCCUGAAGUCCCCCACAGCAAUAAGGCCAAGAUCUAAGCACAUCACAAGACCAUUUUAUUCGUUUGACCCUCGUUUCCUUACUUUUGUAAUGGAUGCAUCUUGGGGACAUUUCUGUGUAGUUAUAACUUAUGCUCUUCCCUUGGCAACUGGGGUAUCCAGUUGCAUCUUGGUAGUCCUGUGGUUAACCCCAAGACUGAACCACUGCUGCUGGAGUUCUGUAACAUUCCGUUUGCUGAGAUGGGAGGCACCCUCUUUCCCACUUCAAUGGUGAUACUGGCCUCACAAGCAUGUCUGUCUAAGACUGCUGUGCCAGCAUGCACUGGCCUCAAUUUCCCUCUUCCUAUGUAUGGGUUACUGGUUGUAUAUGUAUUUAUGUGGUAGAAAACUGUAUUGUGAAAAUAAAAAAUUUAGGAUCCAA